CGCAUGCGUAGUGAUCGACGGGCGCGUCGAAGGGGAAUCGAGCUCGGCGAUGGUGGGGCGGCGGGCUGCGGCCGACUGUCGGCGUCGCGACGCCUGUAGCUGAGAGGAUACCAGCAGCUUCUGUUCGCGAACGGCCACAGCUAUCGUGUUUUUCUUGUGAGAGUCCGAAAAGAACCAAAAAGCCAGCACCAUGGACGCGAUCAAGAAGAAGAUGCAAGCGAUGAAGCUUGAGAAGGACAACGCCUCGGACAAGGCCGACGCGAUGGAGAACCAGUACAAGGACGCAAACGCGCGUGCUGAAAAGGUCAACGAGGAGGUGCGUGAGUGCCAGAAGAAGCUCAGCCAAGUCGAGGAGGAUCUUGCCACCAACAAGCAGAAGCUCGAACAGGGCAACACCAACCUGGACAACAAAGAGAAGGCUUUGACUGCUGCUGAAUCUGAAGUUGCUUCCUUGAACCGUAAAGUCCAGCUCAUUGAGGAGGACUUGGAAAGGUCCGAGGAGCGUUCCAACACUGCCCAGACCAAGUUGGCUGAAGCCUCCCAAGCUGCCGAUGAAGCUUCCCGUAUGUGCCAGGUAUUGGAGAACCGUUCCCAACAGGAUGAGGCCCGUAUGGACCAGCUGACCAACCAACUGAAGGAAGCCAGGAUGUUGGCUGAGGAUGCCGACAACAAGUCCGAUGAAGUCUCCCGCAAGCUGGCCUUCGUUGAAGACGAGUUGGAAGUCGCUGAGGAUCGUGUCAAGGGUGGUGAUGCCAAGAUCAUGGAGUUGGAGGAAGAGUUGAAGGUCGUCGGUAACUCCCUCAAGUCUCUGGAGGUCUCCGAAGAGAAGGCCAAUCAAAGAGUCGAGGAAUUCAAGAAGCAGUUGAAGACCCUCACUGUCAAGUUGAAGGAAGCCGAGGCUCGUGCCGAAUUCGCCGAGAAGACCGUCAAGAAGCUCCAGAAGGAAGUCGACAGGCUGGAAGACGAACUUGGUAUCAACAAGGACAGGUACAAGUCCUUGGCCGACGAGAUGGACUCCACCUUCGCCGAGUUGGCCGGAUAUUAAAUCAAUCCAUCGCUUUCAUCACCAACAUCUACAAACAUCCGAAAACUUCCAGAUCGAGAUGAGAGAUGUUCGCGCACAGUUUGUCAUCGCUGUUUUGUUAAUGUAAUAAUAAUACCUACGAUCAUCUGCGUCACUUAAGUUUGGCACAUCACAUCAAUCAUUGUUGCUUUUUGAAAUAAAUCACGAUGCGCAACAUGCUGAACCAUAUCACGUUCAACUUUUACUUUGUACAAUAAAUUAUUGACUAAAUGCAGCAGUGAGAAUGAUGACAAAUUUUGAUUCUCUUCAACAACCUUAUGUUACAAUCAAUACACACACACACAAAACGCAUAUACUUACGGUUAAAGUACUCAUCGUUAAAUUAUUAUUAUUAUUAUUACUGUAAAACUAUUGUAAUUAUGAUUAUUUUAAUAACUUAUAACGCUGGUAAUUAUAAUUUCUAAUAAUAAUGUUGGCAACGUG